AUGGCGGAACAGUUGGCGGUAGAAGAGCCAAACGCGAAGAAAAUAAAACUCAGCUCCUCUGGUACUCCUGCAAAUUCUUCUGAUUUCAGUUACGACUUUCAAAACAUCGCGGAUCAUCUACCCGACGAACUUCUAGCAACGACCACAGCUGCCAACGACCAGGAAUCCGCUGUAGAUAAACAUUUGCAGAAUAAAAUUUUCGACUGUAAUCUUUCUUCUGCACCCUCUACUGCCCACAACGGUGCUUCUGUCGCGAACGGCCCGCCUGUAUCAAAUCAGAUGAUAAUUCCGGAGUCGUCCAUCGGAACCUUUCCUCUGCAUUCUGCCAAGCCAGUUAGAGUUUCUUCAAAUUCUGUAAGUGCCGAACAGAACAGUGUUUCGAUGGUGACGAAUGGGCCGACAUCUUCGGUGGCAACGGUAAAUACGAACAGCGGAAGUGUUCUCGAAGAGCUUCUCCUAAGAGUUACAUCCGCUAGUUCUGUGAACGCGGCCCAGUCGCAGUCGAACACGGUCAGCAGCAUGGUACAGCAACAGCGACCUUCGAAUAUGCUUGCACAAGUGUCGCCACCUAACGUACCUUCCAGAUUCUCCUCUGAUUCCAGUAUUUCCUUGCCGCAGAAUCAACCCUACAAUGCCAGAAUGAACGCAAGCGCUGGCGCUUUAAUGUCUCAGUAUUCCCCAGGAAGUCAGCAUCGACUUCAAACCACUACGCAGUCGAAUAUCCGUCCUAGUGUAAAUGUUUCUCAGCUUAAUACCAUGAUGAAUAACCCAUCAUCUGCGGGCAUCCGUGUUGGAAAUUCUAAUUUCUCGAAUCUAGUUGGAGGCACAAACUCUGUCGGUAGCGUUAUGCAUGGUCCAAAUACGCAUGUCCAGAAUAACAGUCCGAUGUAUGGUCCUCAAGGAGGUCAGAAUUCUUCUGGAAUGAAUCCAAAUCAGAUGGGUCAGGGAGCGUCGAAUUACCAAGAAUCGCACUACAUUCCUCACCAGAUGGUGACCGCCAUAAACGCACGUGGGCAACACGCGGUCGAAUUUGCUGCCAAUGCUAAUCAAUCCGGCGUACACAACGUUGUUUCGCCAUACCAGGGUGGUUUCGGUGGUUCUCAAAGGCAUCAGUUUCCGCAUGCCAAUGUGAACAAUGGCGAUAUUUCGUCGCCUAUGAUGAACUCGUCUCCCGUCAUUGCCGAUGUGUCGUCCAGUGUUGCCACGACGUCGCAUCAGAUGCUUCAUUCGCCUAGUCCGGCGGCAGUCGGACCUUCGUCGCACAUGGUCAAUCAGGCUACCGGAGGUGGAAAUCCUGGUGGUCAGAUGACUGGCACAACGAAUACUGCUCAAGAUCCCGAAAAGAGAAAACUCAUCCAGCAACAGUUGGUUUUGCUCCUGCACGCGCAUAAGUGUCAGCAACGCGAGAAGGAAACUCCUAACGGUCAACGCUCGCAGUAUAAUCUAAGCGUUUCUGUUCAAGAGCAUGUGCUGAAACAGAGUCUCGGUGUUACUUAUCGUAUUGGGAAUCAAGUUGUUGGUAGCCCGUCCCCUUCGCCGUCGUAUUCUUCCAAUUUGCCUCCACUUGAAGGUGCUUCUGUGCCUAAAGAAUGGCAUAAACAAGUUACUCAGGAUCUUCGAAACCAUUUGGUUACUAAAUUGGUAAAAGCUAUUUUUCCUUCUCCUGACCCUGCUGCCAUAUUGGACCAGCGAAUCAAAGAUUUGAUACAGUAUGCGAGAAAAGUCGAGAAGGAAAUGUUUGAGCUUGCAAAUGAUAGGGAGGAAUAUUAUCACCUCCUUGCCGAAAAAAUUUAUAAGAUCCAGAAAGAGCUUCAGGAGAAAAAGCAGAAGAGGCUUGAGCAAGCUCACGCGAAGGCGCAGAUAAAUUCCUUGCCGUCUAACUUGCACGGCUCUAGCAGCGUUUCCGCGUCCCUUUCCCAUAUCGACAUGACAGGACCUCCGAACAAAACGAUCCCCGUCGACCGAGUGCCCGCUACUACGUCCGUCAAUGUGACGCCGUUAAUUUCAACUAACACUGCCGCGCAGGGACAAACAUUGGUUGUCAGUUCAUCAGGCAGCACCGGUCCUACUACUGUAAAAUUCAAGACUGAAGACGAACCGGUCAAAGUGAUAUCUACGGCUUCCUCAAACGUAUGUCCUGCAAGUGCAUUUGUUAAGACCGAAGUUAAAGAAGAGCCAACUCAUUCGGGAGAAGUGGUAUCUGCGGUUGGUGUGGAAAAAAUUGGCUUCAUGAAGAAGGACUUUUCUGUCGAUGAACUAAGGCAGGCGUUGUUGCCGGUUUGGGAAAAGCUAGAAAGAACCGAAGAAGCUAUACCGUUUAGAGUUCCCGUCGAUCCGGAUCUUUUAAGUAUACCGGAUUAUUUUGACAUCAUCAAACAUCCGAUGGAUUUGUCAACAAUCAAAGAUAAACUGGAUAAAGGGUUAUACACAGAUCCCUGGCAGUUUUGCGACGAUAUUUGGCUUAUGUUUGAUAAUGCUUGGCUUUACAACCGGAAAAACUCCAAAGUUUACAAGUUUUGCACCAAACUGUCUGAGGUUUUUGUCGACGAGAUGGAUCCUGUAAUGCGAAGUCUCGGCUAUUGCUGUGGUCGUAAGCUGUCGUUUACUCCGCUGGCUCUAGUCUGCUAUGGUCAGCCGAUGUGUGCGAUUCCGCGAGAUGCGCCGUAUUACUGCUAUGAAACAAAAUCACAUUUCGGCAUCGGCGUGAGCUCCGAACGAUACACCUAUUGUAAGAAAUGUUUCGAGGAAUUUCCUGGCGAUGUUAUAAACAUGAGUGAAGAUCCGAACUCAACUUCAAACUUGAUUUCAAAGCGCCAGUUCCAACUGCUUAAGAACGACCAGAUCGAAUUCGAGACAUUUGUUGAAUGUGUCGGUUGUGGUAGAAAUUGGCAUCAGAUAUGUGCAUUACACCUGCCGCAGAUAUAUCCUGGAGGGUUCGUUUGCGAAACGUGUUUGAGGCUGAAGCAGAUGAAAAGGCCAGAAAAUCGUUUCACAGCGAAAAGGUUACCUCAUUCAAAACUAUCUUUUCAUAUCGAAAACCGGGUUAACACCUACCUUAAAAAGAAAGAUGUUGGUGCCGGUGAAGUGAUAAUUCGCGUAUUGACUAGCAGCGACAAAGAAGUUGAGGUGAAACAGCAUAUGAGAAAUAAGUUCUGUGGAAGUGGAGAAAUCCCCGAGAAGUUUCCGUAUCGAUCGAAGGCGAUUUUUGCCUUCGAAGCGUUGGAUGGAAUUGAAAUCUGCUUUUUCGGUCUUCACGUACAAGAAUAUGGAAGUAACUGCCCUCCGCCAAAUUCAAGGCGCGUUUACAUUGCGUAUUUGGACAGCGUACACUUUUUUCAACCAAAGCAGUUUCGAACUGCCGUAUACCAUGAAAUUCUUCUCGGUUAUCUCGAAUACGUUAAGCUUUUGGGGUAUACGAUGGCGCAUAUUUGGGCCUGUCCUCCAAGCGAGGGGGACGAUUACAUUUUUCACUGUCACCCACCCGAGCAAAAAAUUCCUAAACCUAAAAGGCUGCAAGAGUGGUACAAAAAAAUGCUCGACAAAGGCAUCGUCGAACGAAUUGUUGUCGACUAUAAGGAUAUCUUUAAACAUGCACAGGACGAUCACUUGCAAUCAGCAACCGAACUGCCAUAUUUUGAGGGUGAUUAUUGGCCAAACGUUUUGGAGGAUUGCAUUAAGGAACUCGAUGCCGAAGAGGCAGAACGUAAGCGAGAAGCCGAAGCAAUGGCGGCUGCCGAUGCUGCUGAUGAAGUAGAUGAAGAAGUAGACGAGGUGCCAAAUCAGGGAAAAAAGAAAAGUAUGAAAAUGCAAAAGAAAAAAACGCAAAAAUGCAAAAACACUCAGUAUAAGAAAAACAAGAAGCUGCCCAUUGGCACGGGAAACGAACUGUCUGACAAGCUUUAUGCGAUGAUGGAAAAACAUAAAGAAGUGUUUUUCGUCGUGAGAUUGCAUUCGACGCAGACUGCUGCCGUCCUUUCUCCAAUAAGUGACCCUGAUCUUCCAAUUUCAUGUGAUCUGAUGGACGGUAGAGACAGCUUUUUGUCGACGGCCCGCGACAGGCAUUGGGAAUUUAGUAGUUUACGGCGGGCGAAAUUUUCGACUUUGGCACUGUGUUACGAGUUGCAUACUCAAGGGCAAGACAAAUUUGUGUACACAUGCAACAACUGCAAAAACACCAACGCGGUGUGGCAUUGCGGUACAUGUGAUGACUUCGAUCUGUGUCAGGCUUGCUUCGACAAGGCAAAACACGAGCAUAAAAUGGAACAGAUCAAAUCCAUUAUUAGCGACGAAGGAUCUUCGGCUGAAAGCGGAGCGCCUAAUCCGAACGCUAGGAGCGAGUCGAUUCAACGAUGCAUACAGAGCCUUGUUCAUGCAUGUCAGUGCCGCGAUGCGAACUGCAGGCGGCUGAGUUGUCACAAGAUGAAAAGGGUCGUACAACAUACGAAGAUGUGCAAAAAGCGUCAAACGGGAACAUGCCCUGUUUGUAAGCAGCUGAUCGCCUUGUGCUGUUAUCACGCAAGGAACUGCAACGAGCAGAACUGUAUGGUUCCGUUCUGUCAAAAUAUUCGACAAAAGCUGGCCGAACAGCAAGCUCAGUUGCGAAAGCGAGCGGAGAGGGACAUGCAGCGACGAAUGAGCAUGAUGCAGCACCAAUCUUUGCCCGGUACCAUGAAUUCAGGUAAUUCCAUGUAUCAGAACCCGCAUCCGUCUCCAAUUACGUCCCCUGCUACUCCUGGUACACAGGUUGUUCCACCUGCCGCUGUCAGAGCGGCUAUGGAAGUGGAACGGAUUGCUGCCUCACAAAGCUACUGUCGUCCUGCGGGUGUUCAGUUGAGGCAAAUGAACAACCCAGCAAGCGUUGGUAUUCCGCGGCAGAUUGGCCAAUCGAACCAGAUGCCUUGGGACAGUGGAACAAACUUCAUGCCUUUGCAGCCGUUCCAUAAUUCUGUAAAUACCGCCACUGCAAUGAAAGCCGUGGGCCAUCGGACUCAAAUUCAUACAGAUAAUCAUUUUGCUUCCGAUGGUGUGAUGCCUCCACCAUCGAUUCCUCCGGUAAAUAUCCCGCAGGGCAUCGCUCAACGUCCCCUUUAUGCACAGCCUCGAAUGCAGCAGCUGCAGGCGAUCUUGCAGCGCCUUAAGACGGCAAAAAAUGAAGAGGAAUCAGAAGCAAUAUACAAGGAACUGCAGAAGAACACGCCGGUCUUUUCUGCACUUAUAAAUAUGAAGCAUAAUUCGAGCCAGCAGAUGCAGCAAGGCCAGUUCCAAACUUCCCCAAUUACGCAGGCAGCUAAUUCGGUGGUUCCUCCGUCACCGCGCGUAGCUUGGAAUGCGAACAACUGCGGAACUUCCAACUUCCCUGUGAACUCAAACAUGCAGCAAGGCCAGAACUCGAUGUCCGUGCAGCAACGGCAGUCGCAGUACUACCCCGGUGGACCUAUGCUUCGUAUGCCACAGCCCAACCAGAUCCAGGCUCCUCCUUAUGGCGGACAGCAGGAUAUGUCGCUGAUGAGGCAUCUGAACGCAAACGCGCCUCAGUACCAAUCGUCGCAGGCCAAUAUGGCAGCGGCGGCGGUAGCCAGUCAUGGCUUUCAGGUGGCUGUGCAGCAGAACGUUCUGUACGGCAACCAGAUGGCAAUAAACCCGGGUAUGAGGCAGCCUGUUGCAUCGCAGUCCACGAUGUCCCUUCAAGGCAAUCAGAAUCUGCUACAGCAAGUACGUUCCCCUUCGCCAGUUGGCCUCGUGCGUUCACCGAUGUCAUCCGUGAUGCCUCCUUCACCGUUGGCGAUAAAUAACUCUAUGAUGCACAGUCAGCCUUCUCUACUUCACCAUGCACCUGGUGUCAUGGAAACUUCACAGGUCCCGCCGCCUGAUCCAUCAAUUGUUGAUCAGGGAAAGUUCAUUUAG